UGAAACUUUCUUCCGGUCGUCGCAUCAAUGGAAAAAGCGUAAACGACAGACUAACUGGCGGGUCAAAACACCACCACCAACCGGCCAAAGCGAUGGAGCGACGCGUGCGAAAGCCUUUGUGUAGUCAAGCCAAUGUCAAAAGUGAAGGUUUGCCGCGGGACGUGCUCAAAGUAGUGGUGGGUCAAGACGAGCAGCCGGCCGGCCCCCGCGUCAAAGAGGAAGGCAGGGAAGACGAGGAAUGUCCGCCCAUCAAGGAGGAAGAAGAGGAGUGGCACAUCAGUCAGACGGAAGGUGACGCUGCCCGCUCGCCCGUUAAGGUGGAAGACGAAGGCCGUCGGGAGAUGGCAGGGGGGGGGUCCAGUCGCCUCCUGACCUCGCCAGCGGAGGACAUCAGCCCGGAGGCCGACUCGCUUUUAGCGGCGCUCCACGAUGAAGAAGUCGAGGAAGAAGAGUCGCCCCCUGACACGGAGGAGAGCGACGGCAGCCGAGACAGCGGUGUAAACGAUGAGCGCUUUGAGUGCCGGCUGUGCGGCAAAGGUUUUGGAAAGCGCAAAAACUUGAGCACGCACAUGUCCCUCCACAGCGGCGAAGUUUUCAGUUGCUCCUUUUGCAGCAAAGCCUUCAAGAAACGCUACAACUUGCUCACCCACGCUCGCGUGCACACUGGAGAGAAACCCUUCGCCUGCUCCCUGUGCGGCCUCAAGUUCUCCCAGAAGGCAAGUUUGCUGCGACACGCCACCACUCACAGCGGCCACAAGACCUUCACCUGCUCCGUCUGCAACCUCAGCUUGUGUCAGCGCUCCGAUUUAAUCGUCCACUCGCGCAUCCACACCGGCGAGAAACCUUUUGACUGCUCGCUGUGCAGCGCUCGCUUCUCCCAAAAGGGGAGCCUUGCCAGGCACGCCAGGACGCACACGGGAGAGAAACCCUUCUCCUGCUCAGUCUGUGCCGCUGCCUACAGUCGCAGGUCGGCUCUGCUCAAUCACCAGAAGGCGCACAGCGGCGGCAGGGGGGAGGGACUGGGCAUCGCCCGCACAACCAAUCACACUGCGAAUGACUCGCGAAACGCAAUUUGACCUUUAUGGACUCUGCCUCGAUGAAACGGGAACCCACAAAACUGCCAUCAAAGAGCCUUUUGGAGUCAAGUCCUUACGAAAGGAUUUGGGAGAAAGUCCCAUGCAGGCAUUUUUAUAUCGUGGUCUCCAACGAGGACUCAAAAACACAAUACAGACCUUUUUUAUGGAAAGGGUUCGACCUGGAAUAGAGCAGCCGCACCGGACGGGAGUGUUCCCGAUGGCCACCCCGCUCCUGGUUAUCACUGCAAAGAGCUUUUCAUGGAGUGGUCCGCGUCAGUGAUGCAAGAGCUGCGACAAGCGGCGCUCGCUCAUCUUGUUUGCGCUCCCUCUAGUGGUAUCCGAAAGAAUCUCUGAAUCAAGUGUUCCGAGCGUGCAUGUUAGAGUGGCAGUUCAGCUGUGUUGGAGAAAAAAAAUACAUUUUCAUAUUGUAUAC